AAAGGUAGGAGAUUUCUAGUUGUGAUAGAUGAUAUUUGGAGUACUCAGGAUAGGGACCAAAUGCGAAGAAUAUUUCCAAAUGACAACAAUAAAAGUCGAAUUCUAUUAACUACUCGCCUCAACUAUGUAGCUGAUUAUGCAAGUCCUGAUUUUCUUUUCUUAUUUACUGGAAUACUGUUCAAAACAGAUCCAUGCCCUCCACAACUAAUAAAAAUAGGGAAGCAUAUCAUACAACAAUGUCGAGGACUACAUCUCUCGAUUGAAGUCAUUGCUGGACUUCUUUGCAAGAUGGACCCGACCCAUAGUAAUUGGAAGAAAGUUGAGGAAAAUCUGAACUCAUUCUUUGGUACGGUUUCUGAACAGUGCCAAUCAAUUCUUUCUUUGAGCUACAGUUACUUGCCCCAACAUUUGAAGGCUUGUUUUCUCUAUGUUGGAGGUUUUCCUGAAGAUAUAGAGAUUAGUGUUUCGAAGUUGAUUAGGCUAUGGAUUGCUGAGCUAUUCGUAAAGGGAAGAAGUAAUAAAAGGUUAGAAGUGGUGGCGGAGGAGUACUUAGAUGAGUUAAUUGAUAGAAGUUUAAUUUUGGCUGGUACACGAAAGCCUGAUGGAAGGAUGAAAACUUGCAAAAUUUACGAUCUUCUUCGACAACUGUGCAUUAGAGAAGCUCAAUUUGAGAAUUUCAUGCAUGUACUGAAUGAUAAUGACUACAGUUUCUUAGAAGGCAUACAUAUUUAUCCACGGAGAGUGAUGCUUCUUUCACUUGGUACUCAUUGGAAGCAUUUAUAUGUUCCAAGGCAUUGGAGUGGUAUUACAACUAAUACAAUCCACAGCUUGAUUUUUAUGGGCAAUUCUUUUCAAUUAUAUCGAAUGCCACAAUUUGUUUCGCACUUCAAGCUGCUUAAGGUGUUGGACGUAUUUUCAAUCAAUUCCAAUUUCUCUUGGGUGAUAUCUAAACUUGUACAUUUGAGAUAUGUUGCUGCAAAUAUUGACGGAGCUCCUUCACUAGCUAAACUGUUGAAUUUACAGACCUUAAUUCUUCGGAAUCUUGGACCGAAAUAAGUCAUUUUUUGAAUCAAUUCACCAAAGUAAUUUGUUUUUUGAAAAUUUUACAAAACUAGUAUAAACGUUGUUCCCACUAACGUUUUAUGUUUUAAAAAGGUUAACGGCUCAA